AUGUGGGCACUCGCACUGUUGCUGGUCGGCGCAGCCCGAGGCCAACUGCGCUUGGACCCGCUGGUCGACACCAAGGUCGGUCUGAUCAAGGGCCUGCGAGCUGACGAUGGGGACUACUCCAUGUUCCUGGGCGUGCCGUACGGAAAGGUCGACGCGGCCAACGCUUUUGGGGCGGCCGCACCGUACCCGAAGUUUGAAAGUCCCUUCGAAGCGUACGACGAUUCCAAUAUAUGCCCUCAAAUUGAAGAGUUCUCCAAGGAAAUCAGGGGCAAUCUUGACUGUUUGAGGCUGAACAUCUACGUGCCCAAUGUGGCCACUACGAGAAAUAAACUGCCGGUCCUAGUCUGGAUACACGGAGGCGGCUUUCAGUAUGGAAGCGGUGCUAAAUAUGCUGCUGGGCCGAGAUUCAUCGUCCGGCAUGACAUCAUAUUGGUGUCGAUCAAUUAUCGGCUGGGGCCCUAUGGCUUUAUGUGUCUCGAUCUACCAGAGGUAUCUGGAAACCAAGGUUUAAAGGAUCAGACCCUCGCCCUCAGGUGGGUGAGAGAUAACAUCCAAGAAUUUGGUGGAGAUCCGAACCAGGUCACCAUAUACGGUGAAAGCGCUGGUGCAGCAUCUGUGGAAUUCCACAUCAUCUCCAAGAACGAGAAGCUGUUCAAUCAGGCCAUACUGAGCAGUGGCUCCAUAUUCGGCCGCUGGACAGUGGCGUCGGUGAACAACACAGCCCCGUCCAAACUGGCAAGACAACUGGGCUACGACACGAACGACUUGAAAGACGCUCUCGCUUUCCUCAACCAGACGGACACUAAACUCGUUGUAGCUGCCGCUAAUACAGUAGAUGUCACACUGGUCGGAUGCGUGGAGCAGGAAUUCGAUGGAGUCGAAGCCUUCUUAACGGAACGGCCUUAUGGCUUGACCGAACUACCUAAAGCCAAGGGCAUCAAUAUAAUGAGCGGUUAUAAUAGCCACGAGAUGAUGUUAGGACUGCCCAAUGAACAGGUAGAUGCCUACGUCGGUGUUGACCCUUUCAGAGAUUUCGUAGACAAAGUCGGAUUUGGGGAGAAGAGAGCGGCGGCGUAUGACUUUCUCAGGCAUUUUUACAUCGGGGAUGAAGCUAUUGGUGAAUCUGUCAAGUGGGAAUUGGUUAAUUUUAACUCGGAUACAAGUUUUAAUCAUCCAAUUCAGAAGAGCAUCGAGAGGUUCCAUCAGAGCGGAGCAAAGAACAUAUACCAUUACGUCUUCGGGUACAGCGGUCACAGAAACUUUGUCAAAGUGAGGCUGAACAUCACAGAAGAUGGGGCAGCACAUGCCGACGAAUUGGGCUACAUCUUCGAUAUAGUGGUGCUAGACAAACCCGUGAACGAGCAAGACCAAGUAGUAGUCGAUAGGAUGACAAGCAUGUGGGCGAAUUUUGUUAAGCAUGGCAACCCCACACCAGAAACAACCGAUCUUCUUCCCACUAAGUGGCCCGCGGUUACCACAGACUCGCUUAACUACAUGUUUAUUGGCGAAGAGCUAAAGACAGGCUCCAGGCCUAACCACGAGCGAAUGUCCUUUUGGGACCUGUUCUACGAGGCUUAUAAGGAGGAAGUGCUCGGCUAA